AUGGCUGGUGUAACGGGUGAUGAGGGCUGGCUGUUAUCCAUUGGUAUAAUACCUGAAAUGCGGACACAAAUAUCGGUUGAACUGUUUCUGAGAGCUGUCUCUGCAAUGAGGACUCAAUUUCAUAAUAUAGAUCCAAACGAAGUGUCCGAUCAUUACAUCAAAAGUAUUAACACAACAAAUGUGUCUCAACUGAAGGGUGCGUUGAGCCAACUCUACGGGCAUUUAUUGGUUACGUGUCCGACCUAUCACUUCGCCAAACAAUUUGCCAAAAGUAAACCUGGGUUAGUCGACCGGUGCCGUGACACUAUAUGUCACGGGGCGGACUUGCCGUUCGUGUUUGGACUACCGCUUAGGGAUCAACAAAUGUUUACGGAAACUGAUUAUGACUUCAGUAUAGAUAGUAAUAGUGUUGUCGUGAAUACGAGUUCGGGUGGAGUGAGGGGACAGACACUGAAUGUUGUGAAUCACUUCAUCAAUCAAUUCUUGAAUAUACCUUAUGCUGAGCCCCCGGUGGGCCCACGAAGGUUCAGUCCACCACAACCACUCAAAACACCUAAACAGCCGUCAUGUUUUGGAUAUACGCUGGAAGGAUGGACUGUGGGCUCAAUAUUUCAAGACAUUUAUAACGGAAGUGUUUUGGCCACCAAUGAUGUGGUCAUUGUUUCCGUUAACUAUAGACUCGGACCCUUAGGUUUCCUAUACGGUGGCGAUCAUACCAGUCCUGGAAAUGUGGGUUUAUAUGACCAGUUGUUGGGUCUUAAAUGGGUCCGAGAAAAUAUUCAUUUAUUUGGUGGGGAUAGGGAUCAGAUCACUAUAUUUGGUGAGAGCGCCGGUAGUUGGUCCGUAUUGGCACAUAUAUUGUCGCCGUUAUCCAAGGGUCUGUUUAAGAGGGCUGUUAUGCAAAGCGUUUUGUAUAAUAAGAACAGACCGGCGCUCAGUACUGUUGAGGGCCUCCAAAAGGCUAAGGAUUUGGCAAAAAGACUUAAUUAUGUAGAUUUAAUGGUCGGCGCCACCAAAGACGAGGGCCCUGUCCUGGCUGUCAGUUGUGUCCCAGAAAUGAGGGCUCAUUUAACAGUCGAGUCGUUCAUCAGAGCUGUGAAUAGACUGAGCGAUGAAUACCGUAAUAUAGGUGUAGAGGAAGUGUCCGAUUAUUAUCUCCAAAGUAUUGACACAACCAAUGAGUCCCAAUUGAAGGGAGCGUUGAGUGCACUCUAUGGGGAUUUGAUCACAUGUCCGACCUAUCACUUCGCCAAACAAUUAGCCAAAAGUGGACAAAAUAUAUCAACACAUGUUUACGGAAACUGA